AUGCUUAGAUCUAUUAUUUUUCUAUUGAUUAUCAGCAAGCAACAUACUGCUAUUGCCCGUCCUCAGUUUAAGUCAGUGUUUCAUUCAACUGUAAACAAUAUAAAAACUAUUGAUUCAAAUACUGGUCUUCCAGCAUAUUCAGAUUUUUUUCAACAAUCCAUAGAUAUAACUGAUAGCGACGCUUUCGUUGGAAAGAGUUUACCAACUAAUACUCGUCAUAUUAAACUCAACUCAAAUGCUAAAUUGCAUUCAAAAGCAUGUAUCGUUCUUGAUUCAAUUGAAUCUCUUGAGUCUGUUGAAUGCCUGUUGGAAAAUCAACAAAUGCUUAUACUUACAUUUAAUUCGGAUGUAAAUGCUAAAUUGAUCUAUAAUAAAUGGAUUACAUCAGGUACAAAAUAUGUUAAUGGUGGCACACAAUGGGGAUGUCGUAAUGCAACAACAGGAGAGCCAUUAGUGAUCUUUCAACGUCUAUUAAAAUUAAAGCUCGAAAAAACAAAAAUUUCUAUUUUCACUGUCAAGAAUAAUGAUAUACAUCCACUCUUAUGUUUUACUGAUAUUUCCAUGCAGUUAACAUGGGAACAACGUAGUGUAAGAACACAAUCAACAACGCCAUCGUUAUCAUCAUCGAAACAAAAAAGAGAAGUCACAGUACCUGGGGUAAAAUCUAUUUUUAGUUCAUGGAGUUUUGAUCCAAAAAAGCCUCUUGAAGGUGAAAUCUUUUAUCCUGGACAAACAGUCAAUGUAAGUUGGUCAUAUUCAAAUAUGGAUGGAACAACUAAUCUAGUCAUUGAACUUUAUCGGAAACGGCUUCUAUUAGAUGAUAAAAUAAGUAGUAUGACUACGAAAGUUAAUGUUCUUCAAUUAUCUUUUGUUAUCCCUGCUAAUUUGGAAACAUCAUCAAAUGAUCGAUAUUACUUUCAAUAUGAAUUUUGGUAUUCAUUACUACCUCGCCAAAGAACAAGUGCUACCUUCUAUAUUCCAACAUUACCAUCUAUCAUUCCUGGAGUACUGCCCAAUGCUAACGAUGUAUUUUAUCCAGGUGAUAUAGUACCGAUAACAUGGCGAAGUGUAAAUUUUCCAACAACAUCACAAAUAACAGUACGUUUUCGUCGAGCACGCCCAAUAAUUCCUGAUGCCACUUUGGAUACUUUCACAGUUUUGGCUACAGCCAAUGCAUAUAAUUAUAGUAUUUCGUCUUCGCUAGAUCGAGCUGAUAAUGAUAAAUAUUAUUAUUUUGAAUUUAACUAUUGCACAUCAUGGUAUUCAUUGAAUUGUAAAAAGGAAUCAAAUAAUUUUUUUGUGAUCACUCGACCAUAUUUAUUUCCAACAUUUCCAGGAGUUGAUCAAUCAUUCUCGCCAUUACAGUCGUUAAGAUUGACAUGGAAUAGUUCUAACUUUGCAAGUCCGAAUGAUCUACUUACAAUCAAACUUCGUCAUUAUACUUUUUUGCUACCCGACACUGAUAUUGACACAUUCACAUGUACAGUAGGUUCAAGCGGAUCAUGCUUUUACACCUUGCCAGCUGUUAAACCGACGUUUACCGAUUAUUAUUUUGAAGUUAAUUGGUGCAAAUAUUGGUAUUCAACAGAUUGUACAGUAAAAACCAAUUAUUUUUCGAUUCCAACACAUUCUCUAGGUUCAUGGAACUAUGAUGAACAACGAGGUCAAGCAUUAAAAUCAAAAACACUCUAUUUAACUCUUUGUAGUAGUUUAUGUCCAACAAGUAACAUAGGUUUAUCCUAUAUCUGCCAGAUCUGCAAUAAAGGACGUCCAAAGCAAAUACAAGUUAAUUGUACAAAUUGUUGGACAACUUAUGACUAUACUGUUAUUGAAAUGGAUAUUACUCGAAAACAGUAUUCAGUUUCAUUAGAUAAAAUAGCAGUACGCAUGAAUUCAAGUGUUUUAGUUAAUCUUGAUUUUAUUCUUUCCGCUGACUAUCAAAAUAGUUUUCAUAGUUCAUUGCCAUUACCAACCAUUCCCAUUGGUUCAUCGCUUGGAAUUGUUAUUGGUUCAGUCUCAUUUGCAGUGGGAUUAUUUUUUUCUCCUUCAAUAUCAUGGAAUAUUACGGUAGGAGCAUUAGGAAAUCUAUCUGCUGGUGUAGAUUAUCAAUGGAAAACAAAUUUAACACUAGUCAGUACUCCUGGUAAUACAACAAAACAAUACACACAAAGUUUGACGCGUAAUAUUCAUCCAAUGCAAGGAAAUUUUCAAGCAAAUCUUACAGUUGAUCUUGCCUUUAGACCAGAACUUCAAUUAGCCGUUGGCAUUUUCACAAUUGGAUUAGGAACUGAUUGCUAUGUUACAUUUGAUAGUAUGUGGCAUUAUCCACCAUUUUCUGCUUUGUCGACAUCGAAUUUCGAUUGGAAUUCUCAAAAACCUGCUCCUAUUCAUCUUUCUUUUCCAUCGAAUUCAUGUCGUGUGGCUCAUUACGGUCGAUAUCAUACAAUGUAUGGUAUUCGUCAAACUCAGAUCUCGCUUGGUUUCAGUACAGGCAACAUUCUCGUCAACUUAUUUCUUGGUACUGUAUUUUCAUUGUCAACAAACUCUUUUCUUGAUCUUGGACCAUAUGAAUUAUCUUCUGGCUGUAUGCAUCCAGCAAAUCUCAGUAGAGACAUAUCACAAUCAAUAUAUUUGGUUCUUAAUAGACAAUUCAAUGUGAUCAAUGACACUAAUAAUAGAUAUUUGUCCACAGCAACAGUUACUGAUUUAGCUUAUGCUCUUAAUAUAUCACCAACACGAAUUUAUUAUAAUAGUACCUUCAGUGUACAACAAAAUACGAUGACAGGAAUAAUAGUGGUAUUUUUACCAUCAAUGUCUCUCUCCGUGAGUGAUCCGAGCGUAAUGACAUUAGUACAACAAUUUCGAUUGCAAGCGGAAAAUUCAAAAUCACUUUUAUAUUCCGGUUUGGUUACAAAUUUGCUUAAUCUCCGACAAACCUUCAAUUUGAAUCACUUUACUACAUAGAAACUCAUAGCUUAUCUUUUAUAUAACGGGUGGAACAAAAGUUUUUCAUUAAUUUUGUUUUCUACGUAGAAUUUUAAUGGAAACUCAUAGCGAUUUGAUUUUUUUUUGUUAGAGAGAGCAACGUGUCUAGUAAAGAAAUAUAGCAACAAAUAUCAUUAAAAGUGUUUGAUAGAGAUCAUAGAGACUUUAGAACAUAAGACACUAAGUAACAGUUCCGCAGCUUCUUUUCUGAACUGGAAGAAGGUUUCAUUUAACAUAAGGAAUGUUAUUCCUACUGUUCUAAUCCGAGUUUUGUAAGAUGUGAGUAGUGAAGCCUUUUAGAAAAAAAAGAAGAAGUAUUUCCAAUUGUCCUGAUAACCAAAAUCAAAGCUUUAAUCAAACCAUUUGAUGUCUUCAUUAUUACUCACACUCUAUCGUAGUCUGAAAUAAUAUGUUACGUUUAAUACAGACGUUACUAUAUAUGAUAUGUUUCACACCAAAAUCCAAGUUUAGUGAGUCUUCUAUCACACAAUAUUCUUCAAAACUGAGUACAGGUUUUCUUUGAGAUAGGCAAACAAACUAUUACUUCUAGAUACGGCCAACAUAAAUUCCAAAAAUUUAAUCGUUUAAUAUUAUACAGUUUUAUUUAUCCUCUCGCAUAGUGACCAAAAAAUUUUAAUCUUACAUGAGAUCUUUCUUGUCAAUAAACAAUUACAUAAAUGGGAUUCUCGAAACUAUUAUAUAAUGUUCAGGGAAAAGGUCAAACAAUUUUUUUCGAGUAAGGAAACUUUCAAAAAAGUUGAGGAAUAAUUUCCUAGUGUCUUCUGUUCUAAAGUUUCUAUACUCUCUAUGAAACAUUUUUAAUCAUAUCUGUUGGGGGUGUGGGUGGGGCGAGUCUGGGUGUGGAGUGUGGGUGGGUGUGGGGUGUGGGUGUGGGUGUGGGGUGGGUGUGGGUGUGGGUGUGGGUGU